UGUACUUCCUGCGGCAGCUGAAGAAAUUCAACCUGCCAAGGGCAACGAUGGUGCACUUCUACUCCGCCAUCAUUUAGUCCAUCCUCAGCUCCUCCAUCACCAUCUGGUACGCUGGUGCCACCGCCAAGGACAAGGGCAGACUGCAACGUGUCAUCCGGUUUGCAGAGAAGGUUGUUUGGCGGUACCUUCUGAAUGUGUAUCCUGAUGGAUUGAGUGGUCAGGAAAGAAUGGACUACAUGAAGAAGAAGACAAGGGAAUAUGAGCAACUGAAGAGGGAAUGGACCGCCAGGGUCAGCCACGAGGACCUAGAAUUUAUCCGUGGGAAUGUUCUCAAAGAUGUCCUGAGGACCGACCGGGCUCAUCCAUACUAUGCAGGCUCAGAAGACAGUCCACACCUGACUGCCCUCACAGACCUGCUCACCACAUUUGCCAUUACACAUCCUCAGAUAUCCUACUGCCAAGGCAUGAGUGAUAUUGCAUCACCUAUACUUGCAGUAAUGGACAACGAAGCACAUAGCUUCAUUUGUUUUUGUGGCAUUAUGAAACGCUUGGAGGGCAACUUUCAACCAGAUGGGCAGCUCAUGUCCAUCAAGUUCCAGCACCUGAAGCUGCUUCUGCAGUACUCUGAUCCUGAGUUCUACACUUAUCUUGUAUCUCGGGGAGCUGACGACCUAUUUUUCUGUUAUCGGUGGCUUCUCCUCGAGCUCAAGCGAGAGUUUGCAUUUGAUGAUGCUUUGAGGAUGCUGGAGGUGACUUGGAGCUCUCUUCCCCCAGAUCCUCCAGAAACUGAAGUGGACCUUCUGGGGCCACUGUUAGAGGGAGACGAAACAACUUUGUGCAAAGAUGAGUCAGUUUUUAAAUGCACUAAAGAUGAUGAGGUACAAACAGAAAAGCAGCGUAGACGACACAUGCUUAGGCCAUCUAGAGAGGAAACCGAUAUCAGCAGGAAUCCUAUCACUGAAGUGAACUGUGAUGAAACUGUAGGCUCUGGUAUAGAAAUGGAGGGUGUUGAAUUUAAUAAUUCUGAAAAAAAUACAGAGAAGUCAAAUAUGCAGGAGUAUUGCUGUCAGAGACAAACCAGUUUUGGAGAAUUUAAAUACUACACAGCCCUAAGUGAAGGCAGCUUUGACAAUGAGGAUGCGGAGCAGGCACUAGGUUCAGUGGCUUUGGAAGCAAACAACCCAAGGCGGCAGUCCACAGUUGACAGUGAGGAUGACCUUGGAGAAAGAACACCUCUCAUUAAAAACUGUGACUAUGGAUUAUCUCAGGUAUCGUCACACUCUCUCUUCACCAGUGGACUUCCCUGGAAAACUGGCUCAUCUGUCUCUCCCACAUCUUCACCUUCAAACUCCAGCUGGCCAGGAGUUUCUCCAGACUCUCCUUCAAUGUCUAGACCUUCACCUGCAGCCAAUGGCAGUGAAACUUCACCAAGAAUUUGCUCAAAAGUAUCAGCUUCUUCAGCUCAAGGUAUUGGCUCGCCAACAGCUACUUCUAUAAAAACAUCAACAAAUAUCGCUCUAUCUCACAGUCAGAAUAGGUCUUUGCUCUCCUCACCCAUUCUGUUUGGCGGAGGUUCUUCACUUACUGGCAGCAGGUCCUCUGCUAAUAACCUCCCUUCACCUGGCAACAACCCCCCCUGCACCAAACCUAACACACCAAACUCUUUAAAAGCUGAAAGCACCAGCAUCAAACCAUGCUCUUUGCCACCUCCUCAUGAGUUCGGUAAAGGAAAUCCCUUCAUGCUAUUCUUGUGCCUAUCUAUCCUCCUGGAACACCGGGACCACAUCAUUAAAAACAACAUGGACUACAAUGAGAUAGCUAUGCACUUUGAUCGCCUGGUGCGACGCCACAACCUCAGCAGGGUGCUGCAGAGAGCUAAAACCUUGUUUGCAGAUUACUUACAAAGUGAAGUCUGGGACUCAGAAGAAGGGGACGAGGUUAGUUCAGACUCCCCAACAACAGCUGCAGCACAAUCCCCCUCUUCAUCCAUAUCCCCCCGGCCCAUCUACAGCCCACUUGCCUCACCUCAAUCAUCGCCAAACUCAACUUAUAACCUGGCUACCACCAUUCCCUCCCCUUUAGCUCAAGUCUCCCUUUCUCCCGUAUCCUGAUUAAACACUGCAUCACUGGAUCUUCAGUGGAUUCUUCAGUAGACCCUUGGUGCCCUGAUGGAAUGUUGAUCUUUUUAAACAGCCUCCCCUGUUGAGUUGGGCUGUUGCUAAUCUCCUCAUGCUAUGUAUGCCUAAUUACAUUUAUUCCCUGUAUCUGCCAACAUCAUGUUUAAUUUUGUUUUCUCUAAUCUAUCUGAAAUGUGAGACUUGACAGGCUUUAUUGGUGACAGUUUGCUUAAAUGUUGCUAAAGCAUGAUAUUCAAAUUCAGUCUAUCUUCAUUCUGUAACUGAAUGGUUUAGCUAUUCCAUUCUGUCCAUUCAGUCUUUUCUUUUAAUCAUUGCUUACAAGUUAUUUUAAAGUAAUCUCAGAAGUGUCUUAUCUGCAACCCUGAAAAUACCAAGGUAAAAAAUAGAAAAUAUCCAGAAUCUGGCUUCUUAUAACACAAAACACGUCUCUAAAAAAGUUUUGUAUCUUAUGUCUGACCUAUUCUGAAAAUUCCAAUUGCUUCACAUUUGAUGGCAUACAUUUUAUGGGUCUAACACCUAGGCUGUAUGCAAGAAAUGGAUGUAUCCACUGUGAUGUCAACCAUUGCUUUGUAUAUACUCUUAAUUAUAUUUAUACCUUUGGGCUGCAAGAUAUCAGGUAAACAUGUAAUUUUAUAUAAAUUAGCAGUAUAAAUUAAGGCCAACUCAAAUU